CAACCUGAAAUCGUCUGCCGCGGGCUUUAUACAAAGUGCCACGAAGUCUCGAUCGUCCCACGAGGUUUCGUCAAUCAUGCCACGAAACUGCAGAAAGGGUAACGUGGUGCAGCUGCAAAGAGUAGAUUCGCGCUUGACGAUCAGCCGAGCGUUGCGAGUGAGCGUCGUGGGACGAUUUUCCGCGAUUUUCUCUUAACUUGGCGGUGAGAGAGGCCGAACGACCCGCCGAGAUCAUGGAUUUGUUAGGGUCCAUCCUGAAAUCCAUGGACAAGCCGCCGUCAGUAAACGAGAAGCAGAAGGCCCUCAUGAAAAAACAGCAGGAGGAACUUCAGAAGUGUCAGAGAGCCGAGGCGGAAAAGUUGAAGCUGUUCCGGCAGAAGGUCGAAGAGAAGAUCAACAAGUUUUUGCAGGAUGACAACGCGAAGGAAUACAAGUUUCUUCCCAUGGACCAGAUAUACAGAAGCAUCAUUCACGACGCGGCUGAAGUGGCGAAUGUCCUGGCGUAUUCCUUCGGCGAGGAAGGCGUCGAUCGAUACAUCAUGCUCUUCAAGAGGGAACACGCGCCUUCGGAGGAUCAGUUGGCCACGCUGCGCAAGGGCGAAGAGUGGAACGAGGAAGUUGCCAGAAGAAUGAAGGAGGAGAGAGAAAGGCAGGCCAAGGAGGAGACGGAGUAUGCAAAGUCUAGGAAGCGAAAGGAGAAUUUCGUGCCCAACAGCUACUACAAGGACAAGUAUCAGCACUUGAUCGGCAAGGAAGCUGCUUUGGAGGCAGCAAGGAAAACAGAAGCCAACAGCAGUUACGGAUGUGUUCCUAGUGAAAACAAGAAGGAUCAAAGGAGUAUAGAACAGACUCUGGCCGAUAUACGCGCCAAGAAGAGGAAGCUGGAAAUGAAUAACGAAGCCAGUAAUUGCAGCGACAACAGUACAAAAUAGUGCUAUUAUAUAAAUAAUCAUAGGCAUACAUAAAUUAUAUAUAUGUCCAAUUAAACGUGUAAAUAAUUCAACAUAUUAGAUAUGUUACAACAUUAUUACAAAUUACUGCAUUAUACGCACCAUUAGAGAAACCGCGCGGUAGUCUGUGAUUUGUCAAAUUUCUCUUGUUUUGUUAAAUAAUCUACGAGAUAUUACAACGGU